UUUACGAUCGAAGAACAUGAUCGAUUUCGCGCGGGUAUCACGAAUUUCUGUUCCCCACCUUUCCCACAAGUAUAAUCCCCUGGACGAGUGUCCAGGCACAGGUGACCAAAGGAUGGAAAGAGGGGAAAUCCGUCGGUGCACGGCUCGGAGAACACGAUGGGCUGAAUUUAACUUCGAACAACCGUACGUUUUGUGGUAUUCUGUGUACGGUCAGUGCUCACACCGCAGAACGAACACCGGCCACCGAUCUCCCCACGCCUUUCUUACUUCUGCCUUCAGUUCGUUGUCGUGAGCCCGUCCGAACAGGUGACCGACUCGAUCACUCGAUAAAUCUCACGAUCGCCGAUCGAUAAACGAGCAUACCUUCGAUCUUUGAAUUAAAGAGUGAUUUCUGAGACGUGGUUUUGUAACAAAAGAAUUGGUUCAAAUAAGACAUCAGAGAGUGCAACGAUUAGAAAAAAUAAUGUUUGUAAAAAUACAUGAAAAUUGUAGAAGAAUAUGAUGAAGUAUUGCAUCGUACAGAAUUCUAUGGGAACCGAUCCAUUACGUUAUCGCUGCAAGCAUCGCAAUUAUCUACAGAACAGAUACGCUGAUCCGACGAAAGAAAGUAAUCAUGUCAAUUAAGCAAAUUUUGCCAGUAAGAUGACCUCAACAAAGCCAAUCACCACGUUUUCGUGGCUGUUACGCUCGUACAAGAGGCGAAGAUUUAAGCCCGAAUGGCUCGUUUUUGUGUUCGCUUGCCUUUUGGCGAACUGCGAUGCCAGGAACAAUCCACCGCGUUUCCUUAUCGAUGGACAAACGGAAAUCAUUCUUAGAUUGAAGGAAGGUCCUGAUACACCAGUUGGCAGUUUAAUUUACAAGCUUCGCGGCGCCGAUCCUGACGGUGACAGCCUGACGUUCGGUGUUAGAGAUCAACCUGACAGCGACGUGAUUCGGGUCGAGAAUUUUAGUCCGAACCAGGCCAAUAUUUACCUGAACAAAUUGCUGGACAGAGAGACAAGGGAUGAAUACGCGUUGGUUCUGACUCUGACGGACGGAAGACUCGGCGAAGGAAACUUCAUCACGCAAAGCCUGCUAUUGUUAGUGGAAGAUGUUAACGACAACGUGCCAAUUUUUCGACCGCAUCCGACUUCCUUGACCGUCCGCGAGGAUUCAGGACCGGGCAUUUUAACGACAGUCGAAGCGACUGAUGCGGACUUAGGAGCGCACGGACAAGUGGUUUAUUACCUGCAAGAACUCGAUGGAGAUAACGACGUGUUUAGUAUCUCCACUGUCAAUGGAAAAGGUGUCGUCCGUCUAGUUGGUCGUCUAGAUUACGAAAAGAAGUAUCUCUAUCAACUGAGAAUUUUGGCUAUUGAUCGAGCAAUAAAUGAAAAGGUAAACACUGGAACAACUGCGAUCCUCGUUAAAGUGCAAGAUGUCGAAGACCAACCUCCAGAAUUUAUUACCAUGACGCCUGUUGCCCGAAUCAGUGAAAAUGUUAGGAUAGGCACGUCUGUUCUUCAAGUGCGUGCUGUAGACGGUGACAAGGGGAUAAACAAUAAAGUGACUUACAGUAUAACUCAGGGACCAAGGUAUUUGUUCGACAUAGACGCCACUUCCGGUUUGGUGUUCACCACGGCCCAACUCGAUAGAGAGGCGGAGGAAAAUGCGGACGGCACUUUUAUUCUGGAAAUUACAGUGAGGGAAGUGUCGAAAAUCGUACCUGCACCGUCGGUUUCCACCGAAAUCACGAUUAUUCUUACGGACGUGAACGACGAAACGCCGAAGUUUCGAAGCACGCGAUAUCGCGCCGAGAUCAAUGAAAAUGCGCCGUACAAUACCCCUGUUAAUUUCAUCGGAGAUGCGAUACCGGAAGUCUACGAUCAUGACUUGGGAACAAAUGGUACUUUUAGAAUGUUUAUUGAAGGCGACGAUGGAAUAUUUGAUGUUACACCAUCGAGGGGGAUUAAUGAAGCUCCUUUUUUAAUACGUGUCAAAAAUUCUAGCAAACUUGAUUUUGAGGAAAGAUCAGAGGUGAAUUUUACGUUAAUUGCAAAAGAGGUAGUAUCAGUGGCACCAAAACUCAGCAGAGUACCAGUGGUAGUUUUUAUAAAGGAUCAAAACGACAAUUAUCCAGAGUUCACUGAAAACAUUUACGAAGUAUCGAUACCAGAAAAUUGUGCUGUUGGAACAACAGUAGCAUGGGUUCAGGCUUUGGAUGAAGAUAGUGGUAAUCUUGGUACACGUGGAAUCAGAUACACGAAUCUUGGGGGCAGUAUUGCACACGCAUUAUCAAUGGACCCUGUAACAGGUGUAAUCACAGUUAAAGAACCUGGUCCAAGUUUCGAUCGAGAGUUGGUAUCCAGACAUUACUUAACCGUCGAAGCAAGAGACGAUCUUGGCAAAGGUAAUCGCAACACGGUUCAACUAAUAGUGAACAUAAACGACGUGAACGACAACGCCCCAAUAUUUUUACAAAAGAAAUACGAAGCAGUGUUGCUGGAAAACGAGGAUCAUUUCGAGUCACCAUUAAUCGUCGAAGCAUUUGACAUUGAUUUAAAUGGUACCAAGAACAGUGAAGUGGUGUAUGCUUUGAUAUUAGGUGAACUUUCGAGAAAUUUUAGUAUCGACUCAAAACGAGGAAUAAUUAGCCCAAUGACACCAUUAGAUUACGAAGCACUACCUAUUAGUCAAGGGCACAAAGAAACAUCCGUCCGUCAAUUGAAAUUAACAGUGAGAGCUAGGGAUAUGGGUACGCCAAGCUUGAGUUCAGACGCGCCAUUAAUUAUUUAUCUGAAGGAUGUUAAUGAUAACCCACCCGCAUUCGAAAGAACCUUGUACAAAAGAAGCAUUCCUGAAGAUUUACCUGGUGGAACGAGCGUAGUUCAAGUUAGAGCUUGGGAUAAAGACUUAUCCUCGCCAAAUAAUAAAAUAGUCUAUCGAAUUCAGAGCGGUGCAGGUGAUAAAUUCGUGAUCAGCCCGGAGACAGGUGUGAUCAGAGUCGCACCUGGCUCGAAUUUAGAUCCAGAUCUCACAUCGCCGAAAACUAUUCGCUAUAAUUUAAACGUCCUUGCGAUUGACAGUGGAACGGAAAUACAGAGAACUGCAGAAGUUCUUGUUAAUAUUACCAUUGUGGAUGUUAAUAAUAAACCACCGGUUUUCAUUGAUCCUGGUACAGUUACCAUCCGGGAAAAUACGCAGGUUGGAGCUUAUGUGCACCGCGUUGUCGCUAACGACCCCGACAUAGCACCGGUUCUGCGUUAUCGCAUUGAUCCAAAUUCAUCGGAGGCAAGAAACGAGGAAGGAACUUUGAUUAAGAUUCAAGAAUAUGAUUACCUUUCCGCUUUAGAAUUGAACGCUCUCGACGGUCUCCUUCGAGUAGUUAAACUAAUAGACAGAGAGAGGGUGGAGACGAUAAGACUAGGCUUGGUGGUUGAAGAUUUAGCUGCGAUUAAAGAAGUACAAACCGCAUUCGCUACAUUGAACAUAAUAAUCGAAGAUGAAAACGACAACAAUCCAAGAUUUCGGAGACCAUUUUACAGACGAUCAGUGACUGAGAAUAGUAAAAAUGGUGUCAACAUUGUUAACAUUGUAGCUGAUGAUGCUGAUAAAAAUCGUAGUAUUACGUAUUUAUUGGAAAGUCCAAAAGAAUUGGCAGAUCUAGUGCACCUUGAUUCCGAAACAGGAGAAAUGGUCGUCGCGAAUAAAAUCGAUAGAGAACAAUAUUCCUGGCUUAAUCUAACAGUUAGAGCCACUGAUUCAGGAAUACCUCCAAGAUCAAGCCUGUCGGAGGUGUACGUCCAGAUAUUAGAUGAAAACGACAAUAAUCCAUAUUUUAUAACCGAUAUCAGUAAUUUAAUGGUAAUGGAGAACGCGAAAAUUGGUACCGAGGUAGCUACUAUUCAGGCUAAUGAUCCUGAUAGCGGAGACUAUGGAAAGAUUACUUAUUUAUUGGAUAGAAUGUCAUCUCAGGGAACGUUUGCCAUUCAUCCAGAAACUGGUGCUCUAACCGUAGCAGACUCCAUUGAUUGGGAGACUAAACAAAACUAUGUUCUAGUCAUAGAAGCUUGGGAUAACUAUCAGUUCGGUUACACGGCUGGUGAAUCAAGAAACGCUUUUAAACAAAUUCAGGUUACAGUAAUAGAUGUUAAUGAUAAUCCACCAAAAAUGGACAUUCCUUCAACAUGCAUUACCAUAUCAGAGUUCCACGAUAUCAAGGACCUAAUUUACGCCAUUAAAGUAAAGGAUGCGGAUGAUCCAACCACCCCCAAUGGUCGUGUGAGAAUUAGAAUUCUCUCUGGAAAUGAAUUAGGUUUAUUCAUCUUAGAGCAAACAGACUAUUGGAAUGCAAAUAUAAAAGCAGCACAUUCGCUUCGAGGAAAAUUUGGCAAUUAUUCGUUGUACUUGGAAGCUCGAGAUCUUGGAAGUCCUUCUAAUAAAGACACAUCGGUGUUAAACAUUUGUGUUACCGAUUACAACGAUAAUCCUCCGGUAUUCAUCAGUCCGCAACACAACACAACCAUCCGCGUGCCAGAGAACGUAACAAUUGGAACAGCAAUUAUCCAAAUUGAAGCGGAAGAUGCUGACACCGGACCAAACGGUGACGUUCAUUAUCGUCUGAAGCAAGAUUUAGCUGGUCAUUGGAGAACUUUUCAUAUCGAUGAUAAAACGGGAAUUAUUUUUCUGAAACUUCCAUUGGAUAGAGAAACUCAAAAAUUAUACGAGAUCAGAGUGGAAGCAUACGAUCUAGGCACUCCAACCCCUCUCAGUUCGGAUCUGGAUUUAAUUAUUUACGUUCGAAAUAUCAACGACUACGAACCUCAAUUCUUAAUAGACAUUUUUAAUAUUAAUUUUACGGAGGAACAGCCUCCUGGAUCAGAGAAGAUUUUACUUCCCGAAACUAUCGACAGGGACGAAGUUGAUGAACUCGACGAUCCUCCUACCCAAGUUUGUUAUUUUAUAAUCAGCGGAAACGAGGACGGUCUAUUUACGCUAGACAUCUUUAAACACGAAUUAAGCGCCUCCAAAACUUUGGACAGAGAGCAACAGGAACAACAUUUGUUAAUUAUUAAGGCAACGGAAGAUUGUAAUACUAUUCCGGCAAAUGAAACUUUUUUCGAUGAAACAAACGACACUACGUUAAAAGUAAUUAUCGACGUGACUGAUAUCAAUGAUAAUCCACCAAAGUUUGUUAGUAAAAUCUUCACAGGAGGAGUUACCACGGAAGCUGAUUUUGGCACCCAAUUUAUGCAAGUCAAGGCGAUUGAUUUAGAUGCUGGUGAUAAUGCUGUAAUUAAUUAUUACCAAGUAGGCAAGAUGCAUAUGACUUUGACCGAAGGAUUAGAUGACAUUGAAUUACAACCUUUUCUCGUUAAUGAACUCACAGGAGUUAUUAGUUUAAAUUUUGAUCCUCAAAGAGGGAUGAAAGGAUAUUUCGACUUUAUGGUGAUAGCUAAUGAUACAGAUGGUUUACAAGACACUGCAAGAGUGUUUAUUUAUUUAUUAAGAGAAGAUCAAAGAGUUCGUUUUGUAUUGCGACAGCAUCCACCGGAAGUUCGGAAUAGAAUAGAAACAUUUAGACAAACACUAGGAAACGUGACUGGAGCUAUAGUGAAUAUCGACGAAUAUAAAAUCCACGAGAACCAUGAUGGUUCUGUCGAUCGAACGAAAACGGACUUGUACAUGCACCUUGUAAAUCGGCGCGACAAUUCCAUCCUCGAAGUAUCCGAAGUACUAGAAUUAGUGGACAGAAAUAUAGAAAAGCUCGAUAGCCUGUUCAAAGAAUUCAAUGUUCUCGACACGCAACCAGCACAGUACCAGCCGAUUGUUCAGUACGAGCAAGCAGGAACGACGUUUUGGCUUUUGACUUUGACCUUGUUUCUAGGAGCUUUGCUAAUUUUGUGCAUAGCCCUUUGCCUCUCGCAAAGGGCUUCAUUCCGAAGGCAAUUAAAAGCAGCUAAUGCUUCACCGUUUGGUACGUCAGAUGCAGAAUUUAUCAGAGGACCCGGACGUGUUCCUAAUACGAACAAGCAUAGCGUCGAGGGUUCCAAUCCCAUAUGGAUGCACGCUUACGAAAACGAGUGGUUCAAAAGCGACGAAUCCAUUAGUCAUACAUCUGAGAGAGAUUCUCUCGAUGAAAAUGCCCUGAACAACGAAGAGAUGAUGAACGAAGCUAACACAGACCAAAGAAACGAAGAUAAGCCGUACUAUAUUGAGCCAAGAACAACUUCGAUCUCAAGAAUGCCCUUUGCAGGAGAAUGGUGCAGAAUAUGGAUUUAUUUCGGAUUCGUUUUCGCGUGGGCAAAGAGUGCUCGUCCACGUUUUGAUACAUCCACGGACAUGGGGUUAGUUCUAAUUCCAUCGGAUGCGGAAGUAGAUUCAGUCAUUUUUCGACUUCGCGCGACUGAUCAAGAUGCGGAUUUUCCACUUGUCUUCGAAAUAACUGCUACAAUCACACCUGUUGUAAGGAUCGACAAUCUACCGUGCACGUUAUACAACAAAGUGUGUCAAGCUAAUGUGAUCCUAACUAAACGACUAGUUCCUGGACGCCUCCACGACUUUGCAGUAAGGGUUAGGGACACGAAGGGUGAUUCGAAUUCGAUGCAGGCUACUAUUUCUGUUACAAACGCUACCACCCCACGUGAUAAAAUAUUCCCGCACAUACCUUCCCUCAUAAUGGUACCAGAGGAUACUAAACCAGGCAAAGAAUUGGAUUAUCUUCUGGUCAGAGCAAAUCCAUGGAGUGGGAAACCUGUUUACAUCGAACUUUGGCAACCGAAAGAACUUUUUACAAUAAGACAACGUCAAACGCCUACUCAAACACGUGGAGUAAUUACGUUAAUCGGAGAACUAGAUUUCGAGACUCAGUCAAUGUACACUCUCACCAUGUAUGCCACGGAUCCAUAUACGGAACCUGGGAAAGAUACUAGAAAUAUUGCAGGUUUAAGCGUAGUUGUGGUCGUGCAAGAUGUUCAGGAUGUUCCUCCGAUAUUUACACUAGCACCUCCUUUAACGAGGAUUAACAAUUCUGUACAACCUGGAGAUAUAAUACUACGAGUACAUGCAGAAGAUGGAGAUAAAGGAGUUCCCCGUGAAAUUGUGUACGGUCUCGUGUCUGAAAGCAAUCCGUUUACCCCGUUCUUCAACAUCUCGGAAACAAGUGGAGAAAUCAGUCUUGCUAGACCUUUGGAAGAACUUACCCAAAUUACGCACGUUGGAGCACCAGUGGUACUUACAGUGGUUGCUGAAGAGAUAAGAAGAAGCAGAGAAGAACCUCCAGCCCAAGCAACUGUCGUCGACGUAGGUUUUCUUCUUGGAGAGCCAGGCAACAGUCCGCCAUACUUCGAGAGCGAUAAUUAUAUAGCAACGAUUAAUGAAAAUUUAGAGCCAGGAACGGUAAUCAAUUUUGGUGAACAGUAUUCGACUAGAGUUAAAGACGAAGAUAUUGGAAAAGCAGGAGUAUUUGCAUUGAAAUUAGAAAAUAAUAACAGUACUUUUGAGAUAAUUCCAACAGUUGCAGAACGCAGUGCAGAUUUUCUUAUCACCGUUCGAGAUAACACACUGAUUGAUUAUGAAUUAUAUAAAGUAUUAUCUUUCAAGAUUGUAGCUCAAGAAGUUGGUCCAGCUACAAAUCUCUCAACGUCAGUUCCAGUUACCAUAUUUUUAAGGGACAUUAAUGAUAACCCACCAAUAUUUGAAGAGCAAUCAUACGAAGUAACGUUAUCUGAAAAUGUAACAGCAGGAUCACGUGUAAUUCAAGUACACGCUACUGAUAAAGAUACAGGUGUUUUUGGCAGUAUUCGAUACACGAGCAUAAAAGGAGAAGGAAGCGAAGCGUUCACCAUGGAUCCCAAUACAGGAUUAAUAACAGUAGCCAUGGGAUCUUCUUUAGACCGUGAAAUUGCACCAAGACUGGUAUUAUCCGUAGAAGCGCGAGACGAGAAUGGAAAUGGCAACAGAGGAACUGUUCCUUUAAUAAUUAAUCUACUGGAUGUUAAUGACAAUGCGCCUACAUUCGAAAAUGAUAUCUAUCAAUUCAUGUUGAAUUCUGAUUUAACAAACUUCACGUCUCCAGCUUUUAUAAAGGCUAUUGAUGCUGACGCCGAGCCACCAAACAACGUGGUCAGAUACGAAUUAGUUCAUGGAAAUUAUGAAAAUAAAUUUUAUUUAAACGAAACGAGCGGUGAAUUAAUCCUUCGAUCGCCAAUUACAAAAAUUAGACGAAAGAAGCAAAGUGCUCAAGAGAAGCUUUCGAAAAAGAUUGGAAAAGAAUUCGUUAAAAGUGAAGAGAAAAUCCAGGAGGAUAAAGUAGAAGCAUUUAUUCGUGUAAACAACAAUGAAUCAUUAAUGAAUACUGGAAACAAGUCUAAUUCGAAUCUAACUAAUAGUGUAAUAAUGAAAAUAAUAAAAGAAAGACGAAGAAGAGCUGUUGAAGACGCUUUGUAUUCUCUCACUGCCAGGGCUUAUGAUUUAGGUGUUCCACAUCUUUCAAGUGUAACGCAAAUUCGAAUUCUCAGUGGAAUCGCCAUGGAAGCUCGUAUAAUGAUGUUCGUGGUGCCAGGAGAACGGCCAGAUUCAACAAAAACUGCUGAGACUUUGGCAGCCAUUACUGGUGGCCGAGUGACUGUAUUAGAAACUAGGCCUUAUAUUCAACAAAAUCAUACUGGAAGUUCAAACACUUUGCCUGGAGGAGGGAAGAAAAGCAUCGUUAUAGCUCGCGUGGAACAAACGGAACCAGGCACCCCUUUGGUAGACGUAGAAAAAAUCCGAGAAACUUUAGCUGCUAAUGGCGUAGGGAUAAUUAAUGGCACUGAUACGUUAACGAGUACAACAAUGAUCAUAAGUAAUAUGAAACCACCUGUUGAUGGAACAGCACGUAAUGAUAACAACAACAUGCAAACAUCUAUAAUUAACAACACCAUUACUAGUAUCCAAAGUGAAGAAGUGACCGUGUACAAAGCAGAGAAUAAGUUACUGCUCUGGCUAUUGAUUAUUCUGGGCUUGUUGAUGCUUUUGGCCAUUGCCAUUUUAAUUAUCUGCUGCAUUCAUCCUGGGUGCCCAUUUUAUAUGGCACCUAGAAAAAGAAGGGUGCAUUCUUCGGAAACGUUGGUCGUGAGAGCUGAUGGAAGACCAAAGAGACACCUUCAUCGACAACCAGCUGUAGCUGCAGAAGUAUCCUGGAAUGGAAGAAAACAAGCAUGGAGUGCCGAUCCCACAAGAAGAAACUGGCAGUUCAAUAAAAGAAACGUAAAGAAUUGUUCGCUACCUGGGGAUGUUGCUUAUGUAUCUCGUCAACCGAAUGACGUUCAAAUGAACGUCGAAGCUCAUAGAUUAACAGAAGAUCCUCCUUAUGAUCAUUCAAGGAGAAGCAGAAUGGAUGAACAAGAAAGAUUAUAUAUGGAAGAUAUUGAUGGUCAGAAAGGUAGAGCUUAUGAUGCUGUUGAAAUGGAUUCCUUACAGCGACACGAAAUGGACAGAGGUUCGGAUGUUCAACGACAUGCUUAUAGGCAAAGAUACAUGGAACCAAGUAUGAACGAAGAAACGUCUGUAAGAGAGCAACACUUCUAUCGCGAGGGAAACGCCGAAGUCCUGCGCCUGGUGACCAGAGGACAAGUGGAAGACACGUCGAGUCACCUUCACCAUCCUCACCACCAUCGUUCCACGACUUUGAUCGUGGAUGGCAAAGACAUCAUCCUGCAAAGGUUCAUAGAGGAUCAAAAAUCGAGGCACGAGUUGUCGGUGCAGGACAUCGAAGCAGCUCGUAGCAUGGAGUCUCAUCAGAGAUCCAAAGAGAUGUUCCAGCAACAAGCACCAGAGAUAAUCUUGAUACCGGACAAGUUAGACCUGGGACACAGGCAGCACGUCGAGGAGAUAGGACCAAACGUUCAAAGAUUGGUCAUCGAUCACGGUGAUUACGAGAAGGAAUCACAGAUCAGAGAUGCUAUCAAACAAGAGAGACAAGGAACCGAUGCAACUGUGGCUCCAAUGGCAGAAAGACCUCCAAUUAUCGACAAAGAUACUCAAGCGAAGAGUCAGUAUCCUUUUCACGAUCUGGAAUUAGCUAGACAAAACGCUUUAUUGACUCGAUUGUUAUUAGAAAGAGAAAAUAAACGACCAGGAGGUGGAGGAGUGGAUUCGACGAGUUACCUGGAGACUCAGAGUCUUCCUGGACAGGUAGCAAUUGCUACUCAAACCGACAGAACGGCGGCUACUCAAACGGAGCGUCAGGUGAGAAGCAGAAGCGACAACGACGAAUCCGACGAGGAAUCGCGGCACAGAAAGAAAAUGAAGUCUAGAAAGAAGUACGGCGAAGGAGAGUGGAGAAGAUCUCGAACAUUGUGGAUGAAAUCGCCGAUCGAAGAAGAAGGUAGUCCUUGCUUCGACAAACGACUGAGCAUUUUGAGGAAAAAGGUGAAGGAGGUGAAGGAAGGUAAGAAGAUCUCCUUGGAACCGGAGGUUCUUCGGGAGAUUUCCGAUUCGCUCGAUGGGAAUGGCAGCUCCUGCAAAGCGGAGGAGGAUGAAUCGACUAAGACUUAUAGAAAAUCCACGGAACAAACGAGUAUUAGUUACAAAAUAUUAAAUGAAAAGAAGGACGAUUCGCAGUCUUCUGAGGAGGCUCGUAAGCGAGAGAAGAGUUGCGAGGAUGUGACCGACGAUCAGAAAAUGAAUAUCACCGAGUCCACUUCCUCGCCGGAGAUAAAGAUUCAGCGCGAGAGGACGGAGGAUAAGAGUCCGCGGAAAGAAGGGAAAUCGAAGUCACAGAAGAAAGCUGAUAGCAUGAUCAAGCCGAGCUUCAGGAUCCUCGAGAAGGAAUUCACAAUGUUGACGAAGAAACUGAGCAAACUCGGUGACAAAAGAUUGCAGGGAAGCACGAGCGACAGCACGAGUCAGGAGAAGUUGGAACCGUGUUCGAAGAAGGAGCCGGAUCACAAAAGUUUGAGGAAAACUGAUAACUCUCAGAAACAGACGAUCGAAACUGGCCCGAGCGUAUCGAGGACCGAGCAGAAAGCGAAACAGAAGAAGGAUGCUGCCAUAGCGAAGACGAAACAGAAGCUCAAGUACCAGCAGACUCACGUGAUGAGCACCGGAAGUUCCGAGUACGAUGAUGCUCUGGACAAAUCGAAGAGAGUAAGCGGAACUUGCCAGGAAACGAAACAGAAACAUCCGAUUCAUGGGAAAUUGAAACGCCAGCCUGCGAUUGACCGGCGAGAGACAAAAAAGCAAACGGAGCAGGAAACUGGAAAGCGAAAGCACAGUCCUCCGAGAGGAACUCCGAAGAUUGAGCGGAAAGCUGAGAAGAGAUUAACGCGCGCGCCGAAAUUGUCAGUUGUAUCUCAUAAAGGGCAUGUAAGUGAAGGGACGAGCACCAGUACCGAGGAUAAGAAAGAUGCGUUUAAUUUUUCAGAUUUUAAGAAGAAAAGCAGUAGCCUUUCGUCGGACAAAGAUUACAGGAGGGUGGUUAAGGAUGAUGAGAGAAAGGGUGGGAAGAAGGCGGUUCAGAGAUUCAGCGAUGACUUUGUCGAAGAAUCUGAGGCGGCAACUAAACAAGAUGCGAAAAGUGUGAAAAUAGAAACAAUUUCUAGCAAGGAAGAGUCCAGUGUUGAUAAAAUGAAGCAAUUGAUAAAAAGUGGAUUAGGAUAUGGAGAACUUUUGGUUGAAAAGCUGAAGAAAAGUGAACAACCACCGUCUACUGAAGAAAUGAAUAAAACUCCUGUGGAUGAUAAGCAGCAAUCGAUUAAGGAUCAUGUGAUUGAUGAUAGUAUUCAAAUGAAAAAAGAAGAAAUAAUUGAAAUUAAGGAUACUGCAGCAGGUGAACAACCUGAGGAUCAUCCAACAUCUCAAAUUGAAUCAACAAUAAAAGAAUCAGAGAGACAAAUAGUAGAUGUUAAAGAUGAUACAAAACCGAGUGAAAAAGAUGAUUCAUUCGAAGGAGAAAUGAAAACAGUGAAAGAAGAACAUGAAGAUAAAAUAAUAGAAGAUUCAUCAAAGGACACUAUAAAAGAAGAAUUAGAAAAAUUUAAAAAAAAUGAAGGAGAACAUAAAAGUGACUCUGUCAAGGAUACAGCAGAAGUAGAAGAUAAAGUAGAAAAAUGUAAAGAAGAAUAUAAAUUAUUAGAUGAUACUAAAAAGCAUACAGAUAAAAUUGAAGAUGUACAGGCAGAAAAAGAUGAAGGAACUAAGAAACUGGAUGCUGCACAUGAACAUCUGAAAGAGAGAGUGGAAAGGCUGUUUGAAGAUCAUGAAAAAGAAAUUGGAGACUUAGAUGCCGAGCAUAAAAUUAAAGAAAUUUUUGUAAAACCAAGUGAAAUGAGUAGCUCGUUAGAUGACACUCAUAAGGAUGUAGAAAGCAAACAACAUAUUGAAGAAAAAAUUAAUGUAAAAGAAAAAGAAAAAGAUGUUGAAAUACAAGGUAAUAGCAAAGCAGAUCUAAUACAAAAACCUGAGGAAGUAAUUGAAUACUAUAUAGUUGAAUCACCAAAAAGUGAGAUAUACAGCAUGGAAAAGGAAUUAUCAGAUAAAUCAGAAAAAUAUGAAAAAGAAGAAAAAUUAUGUGAAACUGAUAAACAAAAAGAAGAACACGUAGAAUAUGCAGAUAUGGAUGAAAAACCUGUAAUUACAGAAGAAGAAGAAGAAGUAAUAAAAAUUAUAUCAACUGGAGAUGGAAAAGAAGAGAUUUGUUUAGAUACUUUCAAAGACGAAGAAAUUAGUGAUUCAAUCAAAACUGAUGAUCAACAAAGUGAAAAGAGUGAUUUUUUAGAUAAAGAAAAAAUAGAAAAAAUUAAGAAGGAAAGUGAUGUAUUUAUAGAAGAUCUUUCUUCAGUUGAAGAUAAAAGCACUGAUAAAGAAAGGGAAGAAGAUACAGUAAAAAGUAAAUCAAUGGAUCAUACAAUUCUUGAACAAGAAACUACUUAUCCUGAUAAGGACGAAAUUUCUGACGAAGGACAAAAAGUUUCUACAGAAGUAGCAAUUGAUCUAAUUAACAAAGAAGAUGUUAGUUCUCUAAAGAAAGAAGAAACUUUCGAUAGAGAACCAGAAACAGUUACAAAAACUGAAAUGGGAGAUCAUCAAAUAAAAGAUAAAGAAAAUGCUUUUCAGAUUGUAGAAGAGAAAGCUAUUGAUAGUACUUCUUUUGACAAAGAAACAGCUUCUGAUGAAAAGGAAGCUUUCACAGGAAUCGAUAAAACUGCUGAUCAGGAAAUUAGUGAGACAGACAGUAUUUUCUUUGAUGAGGAAAAAGAAAAACAUCCUGAGGAAACAAAGGAAGGUAUUACAAAAGAUAUAAUUCAAGAUAAUCAGAUCACUGAAGAAAAUGAAAUAAAAGACAAGUAUCAUGACCAGCAGGAAGAAAUUACUUCCAGAAAGGAUACAAUAAAAGAUGAUCAAAUCACAGAAAAAGAUUUGUCUAUACCUGUGGAUGAAAUAAAGGAAAAAUACCAUGAUGAACAAAAGGAAGUUAUUAUAGAAACAAAGACAAUAGAUGAUAGUCAAAUCAGUAAAGAAGAGUUAGAAAUUUCAAAAAGCAUGAAAAUCGAAGAACUUGAUUCAAAGGUUGAAGAAAAGGCUGUUCUUUCAGAGGUACAAUAUGAUAAAUUAAACAUAGAUGAAAAUAUCAAUGAUCAAGAAACAAAUGGUGAUUCAAAAACGCCUAUUGUUGAAGAACUAAAUCUUCACGAGACUGUUCCAAGCAAUCUUCCUGUUUCUAUUAUACAAGAUGUGAAAAAGGAAACAAUAGCAGAGGUAUCUUUAGAAGAUGAUCAAACGACUGAGGAAAAAAGUGCUUUUCCAGAGAUGUUUAAAGGUGUACAUUCGCUAGUUGAUACAUUAGCAACUAAAGGAGAAUUAAUACCUACAGAAACUGAAAGUGAAAUUAAGGAAGUUGCAUCUCAUCAAGACGAUGCAGAAACUUCCAAAUCCGAAGCUUCUCUUUCAAAACUCGACGGCGAAUCUUUCAAGCACACAGAAGAAAAUAGAAGAAAUAUCGAAGAAACACGGGAAGAAAUGAUGAAAAGAAAAUUAAUGAUGCCUGCAGAAGAUAAAACAGAGAGUACAUCAGAGGAUACUAUCAAAGAGGAUUUAACAGUUGACGUAAUUAAAAAGUCCAAAGCAGAGGGAUUAAGUGAUAGCAAACAAAUCGUUGAAUUAUCAGCAGAUGAAGCAGCGAUAUUAAAAAAGCUUAAUGAGAAUAAAGAACCUGUAGAAUCUUUGGAUGAUAAAUUAUCGUCGCCAAUAAAAAUGGAAAAAAUGAUGGAUCAACCGGAUGUCGCUGAGGAAUCACUUCAAAGCACGGAAUCCGAAAUAGUUCCAAAAAGUGGGACAGUAGAUGACAAAGUGGAGGAAAAUACUAAAAAGGAAGAGGAAUUGCACGAGCUACCGCUAAGUUUCCAGGAAACUUCUUCCCCAGGGUCGAAGGAAGCGUCAAAAGAAAAGUUUCUAUUAGAUCCCAUUGCCUCGGAAAUUCUAACGGAUUCGAAAAAAAUAGUCGAACCUGAGGAACAGUUGAAAUUAGUCAGCGAGCAAGUUGAACCGCGAGAAGAUUCCCAACAAUCUGUUGGGAAACAAAUUUCCAGUGCAAAUGAAGACGAAACUCAGCCACUUCCGGAAGAGCAGCCGCGUAUAACCAUGAUUUCUCAAGAUGAAGAAAGCAAACAAGAUGCGGAGGGAACGUUGCUUUCGAAAGAGAGUAUGAUGGUGGGAAGAGAGCUGAAGGAUGAGGCUGUUGGAGAACGAUACGCAGACGUAAGCCUACCACUUUUUACGAGUAUAAUAGAUACAAUGGACGAUUCGGAUGAUAGUGAUUCAUCCAGUGAUAUUUCCAGGAAAACCACGCUGACCACCAGACCGUAUCAGACCCCACGGCAUCGCGCACGACAGUCCCCCGAGAAAGAAAGCGCUCGAACUGAAGUACACGACAUCGAAGACGAAGAGAAAGUGUUAAUAGUGGAGCUGGAAGAUGAAGACACCGGAGUUUCGAAAGAGAUUACAAUGUUUGAAAAAAGUGAAGAACAGUCUAAAGAUGAGGCCACUGUACUGAAUGAGGAAAAUAGGACAACUGUGAAAGUAGAGACAGCUUCUGGUUAUACAAAAAUAGCAAGCAACGUCGAAGAAGAAAAUGUACAAAAGAAGAAACAAUCAGAAUCAAAAUCUAUUUCAACGUUCGAGGAGUUCACCUCGAAACAUACAAAAGAAACGAAAUCAAAAUCUCACGAAACAUCAUCAAUUCGUAAGCAUUUGAAAACUGAGCUGACGAAAAGUGACGAUAAAAGAAUGAAAGAUACGGAAAGGAAGAAAGCUCCUUUUCGAGGGAAGAAGAAAAGUUCUUCGGAGGAAUCGUCCGAAGAGAAAGCAUUUUAUUUUCAAGAUGCAACGAAAUUUCGUAAGAAACCUCCGGACAAGCAAUCGGUGAAGAAAGAGAGCCCUCGGGUGAGAUCAAGAAAGAUGGAUGAAGACCAACGGAGAAAGCAAUACGCUUUGAGAUUGAGGGGAGAAAAGGAGAAGAAAUCGGCCGGUGGUGAGAAACAUUCGACUCCUCCAAAAACAGGUGAAAUAGACACGAGCAAAGCGCAGCCUAAAUACAUGGCUUGGUACAAGAAGAACCGCGAAGAAAUGGAGAAGAAAAGGGCUGAAUUAAUAGCGACUGAUGAAGAGGAUCAGCUUCCUCGAUGGUUAAGAAGGAGCAUGAAGAAUCAAAAAUCGGAUAAAGAUAAUAAAAGGACUUCCACUCACAAAGUUGCUGAUGCAACUCCGAGGACGAAGCAAAAAGUGAAACCUCUUGUGAACGUUGAGUCUGAACAAUUGAAAGCCAUUGUUCGUCAAGGAAGGAAAUUAAGGCGAGCCGAAGGUGGGAAAAACGAAGAUCCACCUGUUCAGAUAUUCGCGACGACGCCACCUGCAGCUCCACAAGGUGGCAAACAUCAUUUGGUGCAGCAUUCUGAAUACAAAUACGAAAAAGUUCCACCGCCCUUUUACCUCCAUCCUCCACCGGUUCCUCAUCCAUCGCCCCAGUUAUCGCCCCAACAUUUUGAAAUUCCACCGACGAUGGAACCUUCUCAAACGGAGGCUGAUUUCGAUUCUGGAAUAGCGAUAUCGUUACAGGGUGGUAACAGGCUACGACAUCAACAACUUUUGGAGAAGAAAAGUGUUUUCGACAUCGCGUACAGCGAAGCAGCUCCUUCGCAACUGCGCUCUGACAGUACCACUCCUCCGUCUUGAAUUGAUAAAAUUAUAUUCGAACUAUUACACACUCAGAUUUCUAAACGAGAUUAAUGAUUUAUUAAAAUUUUCUGAAUUAUUAUACUUGGACGUGAAAGGAAGAAAUUACAUUACGCACAAAAUGCAGGGUUAAUUAUACCUUAAUGAUGGGGAUAAGAGAUCGUAGACGUCACGUUAUAGAAUUUACACUUUGGUAGUAUGAUAAAUAAAAUGGAUAUAUGGGACAAAGUUGAAAGAACUUUACUAGUUUCUUCUUUAUGUUGAAAAAAUGAAUAAUGAAUCUCUUCUGUAAGAACAAAUACUGUUUACACAAUUUAUAAUAAUGAAUGUAGGUUUCUUAUAAUUGCCUCCGUCCAAAGGAAAAGUCAA